UCAAUAUGCCGAUUUUUUUUUUGUUUGUGCCUGCCCGACCGUUGCAAUUUGCUGCUGGAGGAGAGGGAAAAAGAUAGACCCUACCACGUCUCGCCUCAACCUGGGACUGAUGCUAAGACGGGCAUCGAUUAUAGGAACUUAUAGUAUGUUUUAUUAGAACGUAAACGGGCCAAAAGAAAUGCUGUUUUGACAAAUGUGUAAUCUGACUCCAACCUGCAGAAAGCGAAUCGAUUUCAUUUCAUUCCUGUUCUAAAUGAUCGAUCAAUCCAGCCUCUAUAUCGAAGGCCGGUUACUCCCCGCCUUGUAUUUAAAAGUUAGUUACAUUGUUAUCUGGAUGCGGGAUUUUUUUAAAAUUAUUAUUAUUUUGGAAGGCUAUUUCUUAAAAACCCCAACCAAGGAAGCAAUGGGUAACCUGAUCCUCAUUGGUCCGCCUCGUCACGUGCCGCUAUCACGUGCGCCGGGAGGAAAAAGGGGGUUCUUUUGGUGUAAAUCUGGACUCUAAUUCCGUAAUAUAUCACCGUACCUCGUAAAACCGACACUGAAACGUCCCGGCCUACAAAUCACCGACCAAAUUAUGAGUUCAUUGUACUAUGCGAAUGCUUUAUUUUCGAAAUAUACGGCCGGAACUUCGGUUUUUCCAACGGGGGUAUUUUCCGAAACAACUUCUUGCGCCUUUGCCUCAAACUCCCAGCGGUCGGGCUACGGCUCCGGGUCAGCGUCUUACGCAGCUACAGUGCCGGGUCUCUACAGCACGGCCAACAGCCUUCACCACCAGACCCCGACCAUGUACACGUCCCCUUACGGCCUGAAUGCGAACUCUUUUAACGUGCACUGCUCCUCCUUCGACCACAAUAUCUCGUCGAUGAUGUGCGGCGCCGGGGAUUCCUGUAAGCAGAGUUAUAGCAAGUCGGAGCAGAGGGAGGCAGACCCGCAGUCCGAGAACUUCCGGAUCUACCCCUGGAUGAAAAGCUCAGCCUCAGACAGGAAGCGGGGUCGACAGACUUAUACCCGGUACCAGACCCUGGAGUUGGAGAAAGAGUUUCACUUCAACCGGUACCUCACCAGACGGAGACGCAUCGAGAUAGCACACGCGCUCUGCCUGACUGAGAGGCAAAUUAAGAUCUGGUUUCAGAACAGGAGGAUGAAGUGGAAGAAGGAAAGCAAAGUGACCAGCCCAACUGAAGCAAGCGAAGAAAAACAAGAAGAAUAAAGGGAGGGGUUGGGUGGGGGGGGGGGUGAAUAGAAAAAAAAAUACCUUCUGAAAAUCUUAGACCGUUAUCAAUGACUUUUUAGCAAAUGGGGAGAAUUAUUCCGCAUUUCUUAACAUUGACACAAAAUACUACCUAAAGCUGUAACUGUUCGAUCUGUAGUUUGUAUUGUACAGAUAGAGGGAAUGGCCCGAGUUUAGAUUGUACAAGUUAUAUAUAGUAAAUUGAAUUAGGCUUUCUAAUGUGGUGCAUUGACCGUUACUGUAAUUAGCAUUAAUUUACCACGUGUAUUUAAAGGGAAAAAAAUGUCAGUGACUUAUAUUUGUAAUUGUAAUGAUGUAAUUUCUUGUUAGUAAGUAUAGUUUUAAUAAGGAGCUGUGUGUAGCCACGACCCCCUUGUACAGUUUAUUGACGUGCAAAUGGUGCUUUGGUGAACGUGUUGAAGGUUAUUUCUCUGUACAUUUCUUUUUAAAGCUAAAAAAAAUAUUUAAGAAAGGACCAUUUAUGUCUGUUGAGUUUACCCGCUUUACCAUGAAGGAUGUAAACUGUUCCGUGAAAUAAAACAAGGACAUUUUCUUUUUCGUUAA